AUGUCAAUUUUUCGUGGUGUAUUAAACCACGGAUCCAGGGCCGUAUUAAGGGACAAUACUGAAUAUAUUGACGAGACCAUUACGAAACAAGAAUACAUAAAAGAAGAAAUAACUCAUGAAUAUGAUGAAAACAGUUAUAAUGAUCAUGAUUUACCAAAAGGAUGGGAAAAAAUAGAACAUGAUAGUGGUAUGCCAAUUUAUAUGAAUACAGAAACAAGAGUAUGUUCAUUUUCAAAACCAUAUUUUCUAGGAACCAACAGUCUUAAAAACCAUGAAAUUCCAGUAGCAAAUAUWCCUUGUUUGAAUCAGAAAUUGAAAAAUGAAACCAAGAAUGAUAAAAAUGUUGAAGCAACCUCUUCUUCAGCCUCUWCUUUGAACAGAUGUCCUUUAACAUUAAGCCACGAAGAGUAUCGAAACUACUGUAGUAAAAUAUUCAAAUUUAGGAAUAUUAAAGUUUAUAAAUUUAAUUCGUGGGUGAAGCGCCGGGAAUAUAUACGCAAACAAAAGGCCGAUUCAAAAACAAAAGAUCUUCAAAGAUCAGCAUCAGUUUCAACUGCUCUUGAUUCYAUUGUUAAAAAGGAGGGUAAAGCACUUAAUCCUGAAGACCUGCAAUACAUAAUUAAUUUAAAAGGUACAAAUUACAUUGGAAUAUUGCAUGAAUACAUUCAACGUGUAUUGAAAACUUCAAAUCAUUCAUUUGUAGUUAAAGAACUUGAACAAUGCAAAUACCCUUAUUUAUGCACAGUAAUCUUAGAUGGAAUAAAAUAUGGUAUUGGUACAGGAUCUACCAAAAAACAAGCUAAAAUGGAUUCUGCGAGAGCAACUCUUCAAAUYUUAUUACCUUCUGUCAAACAUUUUCAAACUGAUAAUUUUARUUUAACUAGGAAUGAAAUUCWAGAGAAUAAUCAUCUUGAACAAUACAAAAUUUUUGACAAAUUAAACAUUAAAGAUACUAUAAUACCGCAAAUUUGUGCUCAAUCUACUGAAUCCACACCAUAUGAAAUGUUAAAACUUUGUGUAAAAAGGUAUGAUGAUUUAUUUAACUUUUAA